AGCCCGCAACGGGCCACAAGAUGUUCGGUCUAUUCGUAUACCUUGUCUGUGUUAAAACUUUGUAGUAAAGAAAACAUAAUUAAAAUGCUACCAACAAAAGUGUUGUUUUCCUCAUAAAAUAUGUGUUAUGUCAGAGUUCGCUGAGUUUAUUAGACAUUGUAUUUGCCGUAUUUGUGCCCGUACGUAGCAGAGAAAAUGUUAAACAGAUUUAAAUCAGCAUUUAUGAAUGCUGUGGGUGCAAGUGAGCUUGGCCUACAAUAUCCUAACGACUCUGAUAAUGACGCGAUAACGAAUUAUAUUAAUUCUAAUUUUACUACAGAGGUAGAAAACAAACCGUACAGUCGUCCAAGUUUUUUAGGGUUAACAGCAGAGGAGACUCAAGUGAGCGCCGAUCAUAGAGUUAGACCAAUCAUAGUUCCAAGAGACCUGAGUCGACUACCAUGGUGCGCUGGUUACGCGGAAUGUAUAAACGCUGGGAAAAGCACUUGGAACGAAGAUCAAGCCUCUGCGACCAGAGGGGAUCUAAAAUUAAACGAUGUUAAUGUUACGUUGCCUUACGUUAUGUUUUCUAUGUUCGAUGGACACGCUGGUUACCAAGUUGCUUUGACCGCAAGAUUACAAUUACAUAAAAUAAUACUUGAUAGGUUAAUGGCGAUACCAGGGAAUAUGUUACUAAACGACGACGAGGAUGAACUGAUAAGUGGAACAGAUUUAGUUAUCGGUGCUAUCGAGUUAGCAUACAGACAAAUGGAUCAAAUGGUAGAAGCUCAGGCUCAAGACGGAGGUGGUGGUUGUACAGCGAUUACUAUUUUAUUCCUUAAUGGUAGAUUAUACGCGGCGGGUGCUGGAGAUUCUAGGGCUAUAUUAGUGAAGGAAGAUGCCCAGUAUGCGUUGACAAGAGAUCAUACUCCCGAUUCAGAGUCUGAUCGAGUUAGAGCGCUCGGUCUUCUAAGAAGCAACGAGUUACUCUCCAAUCAUUUCACACCGCUAGAAUUUCGAGAACGUCCUUUACGGAAAGAAUUAGGCUCCAUGGUUUUAUACAGAGAACCAUACAUGACUGGCUGGGCGUACAAAGUAUUAUCUCAUUCUGAUUUGAAACUACCUCUUAUAUCUGGUCACGGAAAGAGGAGUCGAGUGAUGGGAACCAUAGGAGUGACACGCGGAUUCGGCGAUCAUGGUUUGAAGGCAGCUAAUACGGGAGUAAAUAUAAAACCGUUCCUAUCGUCGCAACCGGAGGUGCAAUCAAUAAGAUUGGACAAGAUCUGCUACCUCACGGAACGUGACUGCGUUAUCGUAGCCACAGAUGGCCUCUGGGAUGUUGUGUCGGAUAAAGCAGCUGCGAACAUACUCAGGAAAACCCUAGCCCCGGACACACCGUCGCUAGAAUAUAGGUAUUUUUCCCUGCUUACAAUGGGUGCUCAAGAAUUAGUACAAGCAGCGAGGGGUAGUUUAAUCGGUAGAGUGUGGGUAGGUAAGUCGGAUAGUCCCGAGGACACGGACAAAAAGUUUUUACCAAUGGCAUCGGUCGAUGACAUCAGUGUUCUAGUAGUUCCAUUAUAUCCGUAUUCGUGCGAGCAUAAGCAAUGGUUGAAGACGUUACAUCAAGAAAGAAGAUAUUCUAUGGAUUCGAUACACAUAUCAUCCAACAAUUCCACGCAACAGUAUACGACCAAAUCUCCCGAAAUGGAUUAAUUUAUAAUUUAGUAGGAGAGUUACAAUUGAACAAGAAUAUUCACAAGUGUAGCGUUAGAGUUAACCGGACACCGAAACAUAAUUGCUUUUACGUUGCUUUAAAAAAAAAGAAAAAAGAAAACGUAACAUUUCUAUGUACAUUGCAGUUUCAAACUUUCCAACGGUUUUCUUUUUUUUAUUCGGAGUGAUAGUUUAGCGUAUACUGCCACACACCUUUCAAGAAUUGUAAAUUAGAAGAAUGCCAUAAUUAUUUAACCGAACAUUCCAACAUUAGCAUAUAUUCAGCAUAAUGUAACUUAAUUUCUAAGUGUUACGCAGCAUCCAAAGUAGACAAGUACAGUUUGUUUAGCUUCGCAGUGUGCGUGUGCAUUAUAUUUUUGUGCGUCGCGAACACCAUUAAGAGAACAUUCACAAACAAAGCAGUGAACGAAUUUGUACGGAAGUGAUAUUAUCGGAAUCAUUAACGAUCACGUUGCGACGAAUAUAUAUUUCGUUCGUUUAUUUUGUAUUUAUUAUUAUUAUUAUUAUUAUUAUUAUUUCUAUUUUGAUUUUGAUUUUGAUUAUUUUUAUUUUAUAAUAAUUACUUGAAAUCAGUAUGUAUACAUAUGUACGAAUCAUCUUUAAGUGGUUGAUCCACCUAUGACCAGAAAUAAAAGAAAUUGUAUAUACAUAUAUAUAAAAGGUGCAUUGCUUUUUUUUAGCAAUGAAUAUAUAGUAACGUAAGUUUUAUCUCGUCUUUAUAUAUUCUAUUUUUAUUUUGAUGUCAAUAUUGUAAUUGAAAAAUUUGAAUAAACGUUCAUUGUAUUCAUUCGGACAA